UCGAUGCAAGCGAUUUGGAGGAGUUUUCUGGAGUAAUUUGCUUGGAUCUCCCACCAUCGUUGCAACAAUGGUAGAGUCGGCCAAGUUCUUUCUCAGCUGCGCAGACUGUGGCCCCUCAGGUCUGUUUGCCCGAUUGCUUGGGCCAGAAACUAUAAACGAGGUCAUCGGGAGUCAGCAUGCGCUCUACUGGAGAAUCUUUCUGGGGCUGAUGGUUCCAGAGGCGCUCAAGUGCCACGUCCAAAUGAUUGAUAUCUUGGCUCAGGAUACUCUCGAGUCAUGGGGGUUGAAAAAGACGGUGUCGGUUAUGGAAGAAACUCUCAAGUUCAGCUACUGCACGUUGAUUGGAUUAGUGUGCAAGAAACUCCUGCCCUCCACUCCGGAGAUGAUUGAUCUCAUGAAAGACGCCCAAACGAUAGAGAAUGGGGUGCUCCAGUUUCCAAUCGACUUACCCUUCUCACCUUAUCGCAAAGCGUUACAGGCCAGGGCAAGCUGCCAACGGUGA